CUAUAUAUCUUGUACUGAGGCCAGAAUGAUUGGCAAAAGAAUAUGCAGUAAAUAGUUGCACGCCACAUACUCACUUCUCUCGAGCUCAGUGCUUUAUCUCUGUGUGCAAUUCUCUGGUCUACCAGAGCGAGGCGCUGUUGUACAAGGGGAUGCACAAUUUCUAUUUGGUUGCGGGAAAUAUGUUUUAUUUUCUAAAUUAAGAAAUGACCGAAAACUUUUAAUGUAUCCCGUGUUUCAGACUGUAUCGGCAGACACUUUCAGCUGAGGAUGCCUUCACCGACAGAGCCGACGAUCACAUGUUUGAUCGGGAUGGUGUUAUGUCAUUUUUCCGACUGCUUUACAAACUAGCAGGUAAACUUGAAAAAAUAAGCCGUGGCAGAAAGCUUCACCUUUAUCACGACAUUUGACCGACAAGACUCGAAAGCUUAUUUUCUGACCACUUUGAUCCGUGUUAAUUCGCUUAUGUGCUGUUUUUGCUUUUCGAUGUUUUAUUUGCUCUGUUCGGAUAAGUUGGAUUGGAUUAAAAAGCCAAAGGACCUUGUCGAGUUGGUGGCUUUGCAUUGUAAAUAGUGCUGAAUAUACCUAACUUGUGGACUGAAUACGAGAAAUCUCUUUUAAUGCACAGAAAUAACUGUAUUUGCUUCAUGUUUACGCCGACGAAAUCAACCUGAGGAGUUUAUACUAAGUUUGUGUGCGAUCCGAUAAACCAGCUGUGGCUCGAGCUCACAGCUGUUCUUUAAAUUAGUGUAGAAAGCUGACUCUAUUUCGUUUAGAAAAUUCAACAAAAUGCGAUAGACACGGGAAAGCAGUCCACUCAGUUAAAUUGGAUCGGGUAUUUUGGCGUGAGGCCUGCUGGUCGGGCUUUUGCCGGGUGAGAUUUGGGAGUAAGGCCGCGUCAGGUCGCGUUCAGGCCGGCCGUGAGUGACGCGCAGUCCCGGCGCCAGAGGACGAGCUAUGGAGAGGAUGGAGGUGGACCAGUGCGCAGGCGCAGGAGGAGCCCUCCGAAGGUCCAACAGCGCCCCCAUGAUCACGAACGUCAGUGAUGGGACAACAGUAUUCAGCUCUAAUAGUUCGGCUCGGUAUCGUCGGAGCAGCGUUUCUGUGAACCCGAGCUGUCCCUCACGGACCCUUCCUCUGUCCCCGUUCUCACUGUCUUGUGAGAGAUCCGAACAAAAGAGACAGAUUGAGAAUAUGGAGCUCACUUUGAGAGGAAGUUUACAGAGACUUAGUGCCUCGCCUGCUGUUCCCUUCCCUCCUGCGAGUCACUGGCAUGACCAUCUGUCUCCAGGAUUCCAUUCCCAGGACAGCGGUGUCACUCCUAAUUCCUCACCCAGUCCAACUCGAAGGUUUCGAGGAGGAUCUGUGAGCUCUGGAGUGAGAUGGCCAUCAGUUGCACCUUUGAAAAGGAAAGGUGGAGUGGAAUCGGACGGUCCGCCCAAAAAGCUCUUUGUCGCUGGAGUCACAGACCCUGCUCACAUAACCAGUUACACAGUCAGUGUUUCCCAGUCAGUGGACUCUUCCUCUGGGACUGCUCCUGUCGGUUCAAACACCCAGGCCACCCCCCUGUCUCUCUCCCCUCCGCCCCCCUUCACCUCUCACCACCCCAGCAUCUGAACCCCAGUAUUCAUCACAACAUCACCUUGUAGAGCUUCGGAUUCAGGGUGUUGUAAAAUGAAGACCAAACUUCGACCUGAUCUCUGUUCUGUCCCUUUUUAUUUUCCUGCUUUUAAUUUGGUGCUUUGAAUAGAGUAUUUCAGCUCAAUCACUUCUGAAGGAAAUUCAAACUAGUUGUUACUUUGAUUUCAAGAUGCAAUAUAAGAAGACAGACUCUUCUGGAUGUAUCUGACAUGACAACAUGGAUGCUGCAGGCUAUCAUGUAAUUUGUGAAUAAUUAUGGAACUUCGGUGCCUACAGAAUAGUUUGCUGUAUAUAUGAAAUAGUAUCUGCAAUAACACGUUUGCAAUGAAAGUGUUCAGGUUAUUGAAACCUGGAGAAUAUUGACACAAAGACCCUUUCCUUAGUGUACAGACUCGAGACCAGAAAGACCAGUUUUGCUCCUUUUUGUUUUCCUCAAGUUGUGGCAAAACAUUUUUGUAUUUUGGUACAUCUUCAGCUUCCAUUAACAGGGUCCAACGGUCUGUUAAAACGUCCAGAAUGGAUAGAAAAAAGGACUAAGGAUAGAAAGUAUUAAAAUCAGUUGGCCAUAGAUGUCAACGUUUUGUAUAAAUGUGUAUAAAUAUGUGAAUAAUCGAAUAUUAUUUUGGUAGAUAUUAAUCUUGUGUUUCUCUCUUGCGUUUAUCCGAGGGGUCUGAUGUCUGUAAAUAUGUUUAUUUUUCCAUAUAGCUUUUAGCUUGGACUGAACUUUUUGAGUUUGAAAAAUUUUCUUUGAAUCAUUGGAAACGAUACCAGCGCAUUCAGGCAACUCCCAUACUUUGAUUCGCUUAUUGCUUACUUAAAGAAAUAGUUCACCUAAAAAUUCAUAUUUGCUUACAAUUUACUCACCCUCAGGCCAUCCAGUAUAGAUGAGUUUUGUUCUUCAUCAGAAGUUACAUUAAGUUACAUGGGAGAAGUCGCAUUACAUCACUUGCUCACCAAUGGAUCCUCUGCAGUGAAUGGGUGCCGUCAGAAUGAGAGUCCAAAUACCUGAUAAAAACAUCACAAUAAUCCAGAAGUGAUGGUAUAAAGAUGGAAUUGUUUCUUACAAACAAGCAGCUUUUGGCUUCCAAAUUUCUUUUAUUGAUGAACUGGAGUUGUGUGGAUUACUUUUGGAUUAUUGUAAUGUUUUUAUCAGCUGUUUGGACUCUCAUUCUGACGGCACCCAUUCACUGCAGAGGAUCCAUUGGUGAGCAAGUGAUUUAAUGCUAAACUUCUCCAAAUCGGUUCCGAUGAAGAAACAAACUCUUCUACAUGUUGGAUGGCCUGAGAGUGAGAAAAAAUGAUCAGCAAAUCUUAAUUUUUGGUUGAACUAUUCCUUUAAAACAUGUACUGUAAAGACUAAUGUCUCACCUCUUGUCUACAAUCUGUUGUUGGAGUAUACGCUAAGCACUUUCAGUUAAAAGUCCACAUCGAAAACUGACCUAGACCCUUAGAAUGUAUCCUGUCUGAGGCAAAAUCAUUAGUUGAACUGUUUUUCCCUCCUAAACAAGACUUUUACGUUGUGAAUUAUGUACAGAAAUUGAGGACUUAAGAUACUUGCAAGGGAUGAGCUGUUGCAUUACAAAACACGAUAAACCGUUUCUACAUUGAUACAAUCACGGUUUCAGUGGAUAUCAUACUCUUCCUCUUGUACUAUUUGCACAGUGUUAGAUAUCAAUGUUGCUGUUACAUGAGUGGGAUCAUAUUUACUUUUUAUUGUAAUGGGUCUUGUUUUGUAAUGUUUUAAUUGUUUGAAUCCUUUCACUUGGGAAAUAUUUUCAGAUCUUUUAAGUCGAUCUGAUUUUUGUGUAAAAGCAGCAGUUCUGGAUUGUGGCUUUAAUUGUGGUGUUUGAGCUGGAUGGAUUUUAUUAAGAAAAUGCAUCAUCCAAAAAGUGACAUGCUGCAGUUAAUUAAACUGGAAGCCCUUCUAAAGCAAAUUUACCAAGAUAAUUCACUGCAUUAUGCAAAUGAUGUUGAUUGUGGCGCAUGUUACAUUGUUAUUUAUGAAUGUGUAAAGGCUCUGGUAGCAGUAUGUACUUCAUUGUCACAAUUAUUGAUUCCCAAAGUCUUUAUUGUAAUGGACACCGGCAGCUUGUCGGUCUCUAAAGUUGCACAUCGGACAUUUGAAGCCGUUCCUCUGUUUCCAUAUUCAUAUAUCUGGAGGAAUACAGCUCAUUCUUUGAUAUAAUGUCAUUGCCUUUUACUUUUACUCAUUUAGUGUUUAAUUCAGUGAUAAUGCCUUACAGGUUUUGGAGUCUUGAAGUUUUAAUUCCAAAGUUACUUGCACUGUCAUUUGCAAUUUCCAGUUGUUGGGGUCCUUGAGAUUUCAAAGUUUGAUACCAAUGUUUAUGGGUCUUUAAAAGUGAUUACAAAUGUGCAAUAUGCAUUAAAGUUGCUGGAAUUAGUAUGUCAAGUUUAUCGGGAUAAUCAGUUCCAGGUAUUUAUCAAGAACCUGAAUGGGAGGCUUGACAGCUGUUUGUUCUGAAUCAUUUGUAUAAUCUAGAAUAAGUACCAUGUCAUUUAUUUUUCAGUUUUUUGCCAUACACAUACUAUGACAGGUUCUGUUGUAUCAGUGUCAGAGAGAGAAUCGUGAUUUGUCCUUUCUUUGUUCUCCUUAAAUGAUUGAGUGGUGUUGUGAAGAAACUAAAUGGAUUGUGACUGCACGAAAAACAUUGUAAAGAAAUGCCAAAGCCAAUAGAUUUUGCCUAUCAGUUGUUCAAGCUGUAAAUAUAUUCUGGAAGCCAGAAAAAUUAAGUGAAAGAUGGAUAUUUUUUUGACAUAUUGGUAGCAAAAGUACAUUUAUUCCCUCUCAGUCGCCCAAGAUGAAUGUCCAAUUAUCAGAGAAGAAAUAUCAUUUACCAUAAAAUGUAUAUUAUACCAUAUAUUCUUAUGAAAAAGAUCAUAAUAAAAACUCAUUUUAUUGA